CACCUCAUUCCCCCCGACAAUCAUUUCUCGAUGAAGGUCUUGAAAUACGAGCUCCCACCAACCAGACCCUCGUCUAGAGUGGAAGAUGUGUAUCACAACAUCAACACAGACCUCUGUCUAACCACCUUCCGCGAUGGGUAUUUCAUGGCGAAAGAGACACCUCCAUGUGGAGGAAGUGAGAUUGCAGUUCCUCAUCCUUGCUUCAAAAUUCUGAACGAGUAGAGUAGAAAGAAUGUUCUUACCAGUCUUGCCUCUUCUCCCCUUCUUUGUGCUCUUAAACACUGCAUCGGGAGCCUUACACCCCGCGAAGAGACAAUUAAACACUAUCGUUGACGUAUGUGGUACCGAUCCUGUUGACUGCCACAACGGAUGGUGCUGUAUGAUGGGACAAGAAUGCAUCCCAGCCUCGGGCAACGCCGAGCCGCAAUGUCGCGACAAUAUCGUGACUGACCUAGGAGGCGAUCCUUUCACCUUUCAAGCCUUCGCCUUCAGCUCUCUAAUAUCCGCUCUGUCCUCCGCAAACAGCGCGCUUCUGUCUCUGGGUAUUACUGUAUCGACUUUCCCGACGGUGCUGCCGACCACGGGGAGGUUUACCGCCCUGCCAACGUAUACGGAAAAUAGUGUGGCUUCGUUCGUGCCGCCGACUAAAACGCCGUCUGUUGCAGCUGCGACUCCUUCGAAGACGGGUGCUGCAGUGAUGCCGACCGUGAAUAUAGGAAUGAUGGUUGGGGGAAUUGUUGGUGCGGGAAUGGGCAUGAUGAUCGACGCAUGAAUGCAGCAUGGCCUAAAGAAUUUAGGAUGAAGAUAAUGAUGCUGCACGAAUAGCGGAUAUGUUAUGAUAGGAAAUACUUCGUGAAGAUAUGAGAGCAUUGAGCAUCCCUUGUGUCCAGGAAUUCCCCCGGUGCCAUACUACCUCUUACCAUGCAAUGUUCAAGUAGAAUGAGCGCAACUCCUAUUCUACUUACCUAAAUUCACGUUACAUAUGUGCCAUGAAUGCGUGCACUUCACAUAUCCAGGGCCCU